AUGUCAUCCAAAACUCAAUCACGAGGAUCAUCACCCAAAGUGUCUGCUCGACCCAAACUUAUGAGAGCACAUGCCACCGCACCUUCAUUAGUCACGGGCAACGCAUCUCGCAAAGAUCUUGCCAAUCUUCAAUCCUCGUCGAAAGCAGCUUCGAUUCUCACCCGCGUGGCUAGCUACUCGGCCCAGCAGGAUCAUGGAAGUCCGAGAAGUACCAGUAGUGCGUACUCGACCCCCGGAAACCGAAGUCCGAGGAGUCCGGAGAGUGGAUUGGCGAGAAGCUGUAAGGAUGAGUUGAAAAAUAUGCAGCAGUAUCAGUUUUUCCCAGCUUUGAAGAUUUUCAAGGAUACCAAGAGCCGACUGAGAGGAUGGAACGAAAGAGCGUUUCGUGAGUGA